AUGAUGUCAGAAUGUCCUCCAGACUUAGUACCAAUAAAAAAGAGUAGAAAACAAGACUAGCAACUGUCAAAUGGGGCUCCCUCUCCAUACCUGCCUACAAACCUUUCCUUUGGGGGGAGAAGAAGAGGAGAAUAGCAUGAAAAGUGCAAAAUGUUUCAAAUUCCUGUUCAAAAUCUUGAUAAUAUCAGGAAGGCUCGAAAAAAGGUGAAGGGCAUUCUUGUGGAUAUUGGGCUUGACAGCUGCAAGGAAUUGUUGAAGAAUCUUAAAAGUUUUGACCCAGGUGAAAAGUAUUUUUCCAACACUUCAUGGAGUGAUGUCUCUCUGUGGGAGUCCGUGGGCAAAAGAAAGAGAUACCGAACCAAGCCCUACUGCUGCAGCUUGUGCAAGUUCUCUUCCAAAUUGCUUACUUCCUUCAAGAACCACUUGCACCGUUACCAUGAAGAUGAAAUGGACCAAGAGCUGGUGGUUCCUUGCCCGAAAUGUGCAUUCGCUUCUGAUCCCAAAAUAGUGGGAAAGCAUAUCCGGAUGUUUCACUCGGCGAAUAAGAGAAUACAGAACUAUACAGUCAGCAUUUUGGAUGGCAUGAAACAGUUCAGGAGUGACAUCAUAAACUUUACGUGUCUAAAAUGUCACUUUACAGACACCUUAUAUUACAAUAUGAAGAAACAUGUGCUGAUGAACCAUUUUCAGAACCUGAUUGGUGUCUAUUUUGGCCAGAGAUUCGCAGAAAGUGAAGCGUUCGCGUUGGAGCACUACUGCAAGAAAUGCAACACCGCUGCAAACAGCCAGGAUUCUUUAAUGUAUCACAUCUUGACCUCUGAAACGCACAGGGACCUGGAGAACAAGCUGCGCUCCGUGAUUUCGGAGCACAUUAAGAAGCCGGGGCUCGUGAAGCAGGUGUACAUCGCUCCGAAGCUGCCCGCCGCCGUGGCUGUGGCCGGCCCCGCUUGCGUCCAGCUCAGCUUUCCGCCGAGCGGCCAGGGCCCGGCCGUGGUGCAGGCGAAAGCAGCAGUUGCCAACGCGGUCGGCUCGCAGGCCGUUCCAAGUGCCUCCGGUAGCCUUCCCCCUGCGGCUCCUGCUCCCGUGGUGCCUGCGUCGCACGUCACGCUGGUGUCCGGCAGCCUUCCCGUGGGCCAGAACACCGUGAACCUCCAGCCGCCGCCAUCGCAGCCGAUCAUCGUUUCCCACGGGCUCCCUCUUAACCACUCUGUCGGGACCCUGAACAGAGGCGUGGCCCCCGCCGUCCUCCCGCUCAACGCACCCGUCAGGCCUGGGCUUUUCCCCCUUAACCAGCCCAUUGGCACUAUAAACGCUCCCGUUGCAGCGGGGGCUCUGCCCGUGGCGCAGCCCAUUAGCCCCGUGAACCAGCCGGUCGCGCCGGGCGUUCUGGCCGUGGGCCCCUCGCUGGGCACCGUGAGCCGGCCCCUGGCUCCCCAGGUGCUGCCCGUGGCGCAGCCGGUUGCCUCGGGCGUCCUGCAGCUCAACCAGCCCGUCGCGCCCGGAGCGGUUCCCGUGAGGCCGCCCGUGAAGCCGGGCUUCCUGCAGCUCAACCAGCCCGUGGCGCCCGGAGUGAUCCCCGUGAACCAGCCGGCGCAACCGGCCGUUUCCCAGAGCGCCACUUUCCUGGCGGCAGGCCCCAUCCUGAGGCAGCUCAUUCCCACGGGCAAGCAGGUGAACGGCAUCCCCACGUACACGCUGGCCCCGGUGUCGGUGACGCUGCCCGUGCCGGCCGGCGGCGCCGUGGCCACGGUGGCGGUGCCGCCGCAGGUGCCGCUGCAGCUGGUGCCGCCGGGCGCCGUGGCGCAGCUGGCGCAGCCGCCGGCCGGCGCGCCCUCGCCGCCCGCGCUCGCGGCGCCGCAGGCCCCGCCGCCCGACGGCGGCCCCGCCGUCAAGCAGGCCAAGCAGUGGAAGACGUGCCCCGUGUGCAACGAGCUCUUCCCAUCCAACGUCUACCAGGUGCACAUGGAGGUCGCUCACAAGCACGGUGAGAUCAAGGUCGAGGAGAACCUGGAGCCGGAUAAGCUCGCGGCCUGCGCCCCGUUUCUGCGGUGGAUGACGGAAAAGACCGUGCGCUGCUUCUCAUGUAAGUGUUUCCUGUGCGAGGAGGAGCUCAUGAAACACCUCCUGAUGCAUGGUUUAGCUUGCUUGUUUUGCACACUGACUUUCCAUGACUUAAAAAGCCUUGUGGAGCACAAUAAGGCUACCCACAACGGGAAGAAGAGGGUACACGCGGAUUACAGCAACAGAGGGUUUCAGCUGGACAACGAUGCCCAGGGCGACCUCGUGUUUCCACAUUUCGAUUUCAGCACGGUGUUACCAAAAGAAGACGUCGGGGAGAACGAGGUGCACCUGGCGGUGCUGGCGGGAGUCAAUUCGAGGACGCUUGUCCCCGUCUACAUCAAAGUGACGCCUCAGACGGUGGAAGUCAAAACGAGGCGCAGCAGAGCGUUAACGUGUCCCUUCUGCUUUGGCAAGUUCGGCAAAGAGGCCUACGAGAUGCACUUGAAGGAGAGGCAUCACGUCAUGCCCACUGUCCACACCAUCCUGAAGUCGCCCGCGUUCAAGUGCAUCCACUGCUGCGGCGUGUACACCGGGAACAUGACGCUCACGGCCAUCGCCGUGCACUUGCUGCGCUGCAGGAGCGCCCCCAAGGACAGCAACUCCAGCGUGAAGCUGCAGCUGGAGCGCAGCGAGAAGAAGGAGCUGCUCUUCCUCAACGGCGACAAGCACGAGGCCGCCGCGCUCAAGAGGAAGCAGCCCGAAAGCUGCUGCUUGGCCGACGAGCAGAGGGGCAGGGAGCAGCAGCCGCCCGCGCUGAGCUCUGGCCUGUCCCCAGACCUGGAGGGGAGCUCGGGGCUGGCGCCGUGGAAGCGGCACAAGGGCCACGCGCGGACCGAGCCGAGGAGGCUCUAUUCCAGCGAGGAGCUGCGCGCGCUCGCCCUCGACCCCCAGCAGUACGAGCACGGCUCGCACGAGGCGCAGAAGCGGCUCCUCACGGAUUACUUCCACAGGAGGCCCUACCCCGCCAAGAAAGAGGUGGAGUUGCUCUCCUCGCUGCUCUGCGCCUCCAAGGUGGACGUGGCCACCUUCUUUGGGAAAAGGAGGAGCAUGUGCUUGAAGGCCAUAAGAAGGCACAGACCCUCCGUGCUGCUGGGGUUCAGUGUUUCCGAACUAAAAAAUGUUAAGCACAGUUUGAGUAUCAAGGAUGAGCCAUUGGAUGUGUGAGGGGGUGGGAAGCGGCUCCAGGCCGAUCCGCGCCUGCCUGCUUCCCGUUGGGCCAUCCGUCCUGCUCGGGUUCUUUGUGUCAGCUUGCAGACUGGCCUGCUGAAGGGCUGCAGGAGCGUAAGGGUCUCCAGCAGUUGGGACUGUUCUUGUGAAAGGCACGCGUCGUCGUGUAUUGGCAAAAGCUGAAACCUUCGGAUUUACACUUCUGGAAUUUAUUUUAGCUUUUUAUAUUUUCUGGAGUAGAAA